CGCGACGUUGUUGGUGCUGCGCAGUUGCUUGUUUGGAAUUUUCCAUAGACGUGGACUCGCGUUUGUUUGUGGCCUUUUAAAGAAACUAUCGGAGAGCACCGACACAAGAAGUGGCCCGAGCAACUUGGGUCGCUGCUGAGUUAGUUGCGGGACGCCUUUGCGCCUGUCGAUGGAGUGCGCGGGAGGUUCGGUGGAAGGUUCGCUAAUGGCAGCUAGCAACGUCCCGGCCUUCCUCAGCAAACUCUGGACUUUGUUGGAAGACCCCGAAACAGAGUCGCUCAUCUGCUGGAGCCCGAGCGGAACCAGUUUCCACGUGUAUGAUCACACUCGCUUCUCCAAAGAGGUUCUCCCCAAGUUCUUCAAACACAACAACAUGGCCAGUUUCAUUCGGCAACUCAACAUGUAUGGCUUCCGCAAGGUGGUCCACCUGGAGCAGGGCGGCCUGCUAAAACCCGAGAAAGACGACACGGAGUUCCAACACCCGUUCUUUGUCAGAGGCCAAGAGCACUUGCUGCAGAACAUCAAACGCAAAGUCACCAACGUGUCUUCGAUGCGCCCGGAAGAGGGCAAGCUCUCAUCCCAUGAGGUCGGUAAACUCCUGAGCGACGUGCAGGCCAUGAAGGGAAAGCAGGAGAGCAUAGACUCCAAAAUCAUUGCCAUGAAACAUGAGAACGAGGCUUUGUGGAGGGAAGUUGUGUGUCUGAGACAGAAGCAUGCUCAACAGCAGAAAAUGGUCAGCAAGUUGAUCCACUUCCUGGUGUCACUGGUCCAGUCCAACAGGAUCAUGGGAGUCAAGAGGAAACUCCCGCUGAUGCUCAACGACUCGGGUUCCGCCCAACCCCUGCCCAAAUACGCUCGCUCGUUUUCCUUGGAGCCCGUGCAGGUUGCGCCCUCCAUCUUCCCGGCGGAAUCCCCCGCCGGCUCCGGGCCCGUCAUCUCUGAUAUCACGGAAUUGGCCACGCCCCCGCCACAGGAGACGGUCAGCGAGUGGAUGGAAGCGAGAGAGCGCGGCGAGGAGGAGGAGCCCGCCCCUUCCGACGCAGCAGCGGGCGCGCCGACGUCUGGAGACACGCCGCUUUCUCCCACCACCUUCAUCGACUCCAUUCUCCAAGACAGCGACGUGCCUGACACCAGCGCGCUGACGGCUCCCAGGCCUCGCCCAGCCACCGCCAACCCGGACCCCGCGCAGACCUGCCAGACCCUCGCGUGUAUCGACAGGUCAGAACUCUCGGAUCACAUUGAGACAAUCGACAACAGUCUGGAAAACCUACAGAACAUUCUCAACAGCCAAACCUUCACCUUUGACACGUCACCACUCAUGGAGUUCUUCAGCCCUUCCUGUCCUCCAGGAGACUUUGACAUCAACGCUUUGGACACUCUUCUGUGUGACAACUUGGCCAAAGGAGCUGAUGGAAGCGACGACACAGGAAAGCAGCUGGUGCAGUACACGCCAGUGCAGAUUUGUGACCCGGUUGGAGGGGGCGAUGCCGACCUGCCGUUGCUCCUGGAAUUGGAGGAGGAGCCUUUCCUCAGUCCAGACCUGACCUCUGACCUCUGACAUGAUGAGGUGAGGGCGGGAGGGAGGGACUACUCUAUUACCAUGACGACAACGUGGUCAGGGGUAGCAGUUUUACUAUGCAGACAACCAGCCAUUAUUUUUUGUUGCUUUUAUUUUAUCACAAGGAAUAGCAUAUUUUUGGAAACGUUGCUUACAUAUUUAUUCUGUUACCCUGGAAAUCUACAUUAAACUUGUUUGUGCACAGUC